UAUAUAUCUCUGUUUUUCAACAAUCAUAAUCAUCAUCUGUUCCUCUUUUUUCGAACUGUAAAAUUUUAGGGUAAAACCCUCCUUAAAUUUCAACUUUAACUUUAUUAUUAUUAUUAAUUAAUAAUUAAUCUGCAUAUCUCCAUCUCGCACCAUAAUAAUAAAGUGGAAUCUAGAUGGGAAACCGGGGGCAAAAACGAGCAGACUCUCCUGAGGAGUUGCCUGCAGAUAAGAGGGCAUGUAGUUCGUUGGAGUUCAGGCCAAGUUCAUCGACGUCACCAGUAGAAACCACAAGUACGUCCACUGCAAAUCAAACCCCUGAUCAAGAAAUGGAAGAAUCGUCGUCUGCUUCUGAUACACAUGAAGAUAAUAAUUCUGCAUAUGGGUCAUGUGAUUCUGAUGAAAUGGGUGAUGUAGAACAAAGAAGGAAUAGACGAGAGAUGGCUGAUUACCAAAGGCAGAGGUUAUCGGGGGAUCAAGUGAAAUUCAAGAGGGUAUUAUCAAAUUUGAAUGAACAAACUGAGGAGUCUGAACAACAGGAUGCCCUUAGAGAACUCUGUGAAAUAUUAUCUUUUUGCACAGAUAGUUCUUUAUCGAGUUUGAUGGCGGACUCGUUAUCCCCUAUACUUAUAAAGUUGGCUGGCCAUGAAAGUAACCCCGAGAUUAUGCUUUUAUCUAUUAGGGCUUUAACUUAUCUAUGUGACAGUCAUCCUCGAUCCUCUAGUUUUAUCAUUAGACAUGAUGGAAUUUUGGUACUAUGUAAGAGAUUGCUGGCCUUUGAGUACGAGGAUGUAGCUGAACAGUGUUUGCAAGCAUUAGAGAAAAUAUCACGUGAGCAGCCACUUGCGUGCUUACAGUCUGGUGCAAUAAUGGCCGUUCUUACCUUUAUCGAUUUCUUUUCGACCAGUACACAGAGGGUUGCUCUUUCCACGGUGGUGAACAUAUGCAAGAAGCUUCCAUCUGAAGGUUUUUCGCAGUUUAUGGAUGCAGUUCCAAUAUUGUGCAGACUUCUGGAAUACGAAGACAAUCAGCUUGUUGAACAUGUUGGUACUUGCCUAAUUAAAAUAGUGGAACGAGUACAUCAAUCCCCUGAGAUGUUGGAUGAACUUUGUAAACACGGGCUGAUCCACCAGAUCGCACAUCUUGUAGACUUGAACAGCCGGACCACUCUAUCUUAUUCUGUUCAUACUGGUCUGAUUGGGCUACUUGUUAAACUUGCUUCUGGUUCAAUGAUAGCUGUGAGCACGCUUUUUGAUCUUAAUAUAAGCAACAUUUUGAAGGAUAUAUUGUCAACAUAUGAUCUUUCACAUGGAAUGCCUUCCCCUCGGGCAGUUGAUGGUCAUAGUAAUCAGGUGCAUGAAGUCUUGAAGUUGUUGAUUCAGCUUCUGCCUGUUGUAGCUAGAAACGACGGAGUUCAAUUGGCAGAAGAAAAGGCAGCUUUCUUGAUGAAUCAUCCUGAUCUUCUGCAGAAGUUUGGGAAUGAUUUAUUACAUGUUUUAAUCCAGGUUGUUGAUUCAGGUGUAGAUUUACAUGUAUGUUAUGGAUGCCUAUCUGUUAUCGACAAGUUAGUUUAUUACAGCAACCCUGAUACGCUUCUUGAUUUGCUAAAGCAAAACAACAUUUCAAGGUUUUUGGCUGGUGUGUUCACUCGUAAGGAUCAACAUAUUCUUCUGCUUGCCCUUAGUAUUUCUGAGACCAUCCUUAAAAAAACUUCUGAUGUAUUCGUGGGACCCUUUGUAAAGGAAGGAGUUCUUUUUGCCAUUGAUGCACUUAUAUCUCCAGAGAAGGGUUCACAGUUUAUGUUUACAAUGUUCAACGACAUUCAUCUAUCGAAUAAUUCAACUAUAAGAACAUGCUUAUGCUCUUCUUUUGACAUUUGCUCGUUAGCAUCAACUUCAGAAUCACGUGCUUGUAAGUUGGAAAAGGAUUGUGUUCAAACUCUUGCAAAACACAUAAGAACUAAUUACUUCGAGACAAACUCGACCACCUCUGCGAAUGCAACAACUGCUAUCCUGGAAAAGCUUAAAUCUUUAUCUGCUGAAUUAGCUUCAAUGAUGACUGAUGGGAUGGUUGAAGAAGAGUAUGAACGUGUCUUGCAUCAAAUUAUGUCACAUCUAAAUGGGGGAGAUGUGAUUUCUACUUUUGAAUUUGUUGAAAGCGGAAUUACCGGGUCGUUGUUUAGUUAUUUAUCUAGCGGUGAAUGUUCUGGAAGAAAUGCCGUCAAUAGUGGGUCAAAAAUUCAACCCUGCAUUGCAGAAAGAAGACUGGAGACUUUUGGGAGACUUUUUUGGUCAAACUUUUCAUUAUCUGAAUUUAUUUUAAAAUUACAAAGUGCGUUAUCUUCUGUCGAAGAUUUUCCCGUAGUAUUGAAUAGUGUAUCCAAACAGAGAAAUUCGUAUGCUACUGUUCCGUAUAAGCGUGGUACCACUUAUCCUUGUCUGAAAGUUUUGUUUGAGAAGGAAGAGGGAGAGUUGACAUUAAGUGACUACUCGGGAGAUGUUCAAAACGUUGACCCGUUUUCACAUUUUGAUGCAAUUGAAAAGUUCUUAUGGCCUAAGGUUUGUUCAAACAAUAACAAAGAUACAAGUCCACCCAUGAAGGUGGCAGAUGAAGAUGGCUCCAGUGCUCAAUCACCGUCGGAUACAAGUCGCCACAAUGUCGGACAGACUAGUUCUGAAUCAUCAAGUGGGAAUGAAGUUCGAACUGACUCCAUGGAGAUUGACCAACAUGCUUCACAAAAAGAUAGUAGCAUGGAGAUUGACCAACAAGCUUCACAAAAAGAUAGCAGCAUCAGCAGUGAGCACCCUGAAGCCAGUAUAAAUGACGGUCAACUAUUGUUUUAUCUCGAAGGAAAGCUGAUGGAUCGGGAGUUGACCAUAUAUCAAGCCAUACUUCGACAUCACAAAGCAGAAUAUGACACUAUCAGUCAUGCAACCUUAUGGAAUCAAAUACAUAAAGUAGCAUACAAAAAAGCAUCAAAUUUAGAAAAAAGUAGCUCCUUGCUUCUUGGCUGUCAUGCAUGUUUGUCAGCUUCCUUGGAAAAGCCUACAUUAUGUGCCCCGUUUUAUUCACACAUGCUUUUUUCUGAAAUUGGUUCAGCAGUGGUAAAGUCAACUCCCUGUCAUGAUUUGUUGUUUUUGCUGAGAACUUUGGAAGCUGUGAACAGGUUUAGGUUCCAUAUCAUGUCUAACGAAAAUAUAUCAGCUUUUGCUGAAGGCAGAAUUAGUGACUUAGAUGGUGUAAAAGCGACAGGUGUGGGUAUUCUGGGCGUUCUGAAGAAUGAGUUUGUAAAUAGUAGGUUAACAGAAAAGCUAGAGCAGCAGAUGCGGGACCCAUUAGCCAUCUCUACUGGUGGAAUGCCAUCAUGGUGUAAACAAUUAAUGACAUCAUGCCCUUUCUUAUUUAGUUUUGAGGCUAGAUGCAAGUACUUCCGGUUGGUGGCACUAGGUAAGCAUCAGGGUCAACCCCUGGUAUCAUCAGGCUCAUCCUCACGUAUCCAAAGUGAUGCUUCUAUGGCUCGGAAAAAGUUUUUGGUUUAUAGACAUAAGAUUCUCGAGUCAGCUGCCAAAAUGAUGGAUCUAAAUGCCAAUCAGAAAGUCGUUCUUGAGGUGAAAUAUGAUGAAGAAGUUGGUACAGGACUUGGCCCGACAAUGGAGUUCUUUACUCUGGUAAGUAAUGAGUUUCAAAAGCCAGGCCUCAGGAUGUGGCGGGGAGACAAUGUCUCGGGGGCUUUAUUUGAAUGCUUAGGAAACCCUGAUUCUGUGCUUGUUGCAUCUCCAUUUGGGCUCUUUCCGUGCCCAUGGUGUCAAUCCAUUAGUGUCUCAAGUGGUAUGGAUUUCUCAGAGGUGAAAAGAAAAUUUGUUCUUCUGGGCCAGAUUGUGGCAAAGGCUAUUCAUGAUGGACGGAUUUUGGAUCUCCCCUUCUCCAAAGCUUUCUAUAGACUAAUCCUUGGACAGGAACUCACUAUGUAUGACAUCCAGUCAUUUGACCCUGUUUUGGGUAAGACCCUUAUCGAGUUUCGGGCUCUUGUUGAGAGGAGAAAGUAUUUAGAAUUAAUUGGACAGAGUUCAGCUGUUAAUCAUGAUCCAUGCUUCCGAGAUACAAAAAUCGAGGAUUUGCACCUGGAUUUUACUCUUCCUGGUUAUCCAGAUUUCAUGCUUGUAUCUGGGCCUGAUAAAGAAAUGGUGAAUACAACAAAUUUGGAGGAAUACAUUGAACUUGUGGUCGAUGCCACAAUAAAUUCUGGAAUCUCUAAACAAAUGGAUGCUUUUAAAUCAGGAUUUAAUCAGGUUUUUCCAAUAAACCAUCUUCAGAUAUUCACUGACGAGGAACUUGAACGUCUUCUAUGUGGAGAAAGUGAAACUUGGAAUGCGAACCAGCUUUCAGAUCUCAUUAAGUUUGAUCAUGGAUAUACUGCCAGCAGUCCUCCUAUUAUACAUUUUCUAGACAUCAUGCAAGAAUUUGACCAGGAGCAACAAAAAGCUUUUGUGAAGUUUGUGACUGGUGCCGCACGGCUUCCUCUUGGUGGUUUGGCAUCGCUUAACCCAAAACUCACUAUCGUGCGCAAGCAUUGUGAUAAAGUGGCGGAUGCUGACCUCCCCAGCGUGAUGACAUGUGCUAAUUAUCUCAAAUUGCCUCCAUACUCUUCAAAGGAAACAAUGAAGGAAAAGCUCUUAUAUGCAAUAACAGAAGGCCAGGGGUCGUUUCAUCUUUCCUAAGUUAAAGGAUCUUGCCCAGAACAGGUAUAUAAGCUUGUGAAUAUGUAAUUAUCAGGCUAGGCGGUGGAUGUACAGAGGUCGUGACACAGGUGGUCGUGGAUGGUAACUGGUGAUUUUGGUAGUCGUGGUGGCGAUGGCGAUGGAGGUUGAAUGUGUUGGAUACCUGUUAAGACAGACAUAGGUAGAUGGUCUAGGUUUUGGAGGAGAAACCGUAUAGAAAAAGAUGCAUGGUUUCUAGUUUGACAAGCAUCAUCGCCCCCUUCAGAAUGACGUAUUUGAAGCUUUGUACAGGUCACGUUUAACAUAACGAUGUGGUUGGUUUCUAGUCUUAUUUAUACUUUUUUGGAUGA